AUGUCUGAGAUCUGUGUGGAAAGAAUUUACGAAGAAGUAAUCAGUGAUCUGCCUAACGAUUUGCUGAUACACAUAUUGUCUCUAAUGCAAACAAAAGAUGCAGCGAAAACGAUGCUUUUGUCAAAACGAUGGCGUUUUCUGUGGACGAUGUUGCCCAAACUCGUCAUAGAAUUCAACUUCGCCGACACCACCACCAGCUUGCCUAAGAGCAUUUACAAUUGCAAAACGCUUGUAAACUUGACUCUAUCAAACAAGAUUCUUGUCGAUGUUCCUUCUCCGGCGUGCCUCCCGUCCCUCUUAUCGCUCAACCUUUGGUUUGUGGUGUAUAAAGACCAAGAAUCUCCUGUCAGGCUUUUAUCAAGUUGCCCUAUUCUCAGAGAUUUGACUGUCGCCCGAAAAGGGCGUGACAAUGUGAACAGAUUCGUUGUGAAAGUUUCUUCUUUAAGGAAGUUAACAUACUGUGAAAAUGGAUACGAUAAAGAUUCUACUAGGUCAUUGGUUAUAGACUCCCCUGGAUUACAUUACCUUAGGGUCUAUGAUCGUUUAGGAGAUUAUGACUCGAUCCAGAAUACGCCAGGGCUUGAUGUGGCGUUGGUCGACGUUGUUAGUACGGCUGGUUUUCACCAGAAUUUCAUGUUUCUGAGAUCUUUUUCUUCUGUCAGGUUUCUCGAUUUAGAGUUAAGGGAGAUUGCGUGUUGUAGCGGCAUUAACUUCACAUGGCUCAUAGAGUUUAAGCUGACUCUUUAUGCGUCUUCGUUGGAAUCACUUAUGCUUGUCCUUGAUAACUCUCCUGUACUGAAAGUUCUUAUGAUCGACUCUUAUUACUCCAGUAUUGUCCCGUGGAACAAACCGAGUUCAGUACCGGUAUGCUUGUUAUCUCAUCUUGAGAUUUUCGAGUGGAAAGAUUAUGAAGGAGAAAAAGAAGAGAAACAAUUCUUGGAGUAUAUCCUCGCAAACUCAAAGUGUUUAAAGACUGUGGGAAUCUCCCCGACAUUUUGCUACAAGAAGAAAGAGAAAGAGAUUAUGGAUGAAAUAAAAUCUAUGUAUAGGGUUUCAGCAUCAUCUCACCUUCUCUCUGCUCGAUGGGAAUGGAGAUUUAUGGAAGUCGAUUAG